GCUCUCAGUGGUUUUUAUAUUGGCAUUGCGCGCUUUUUAUCCUUAUAUCUGUUAAUUUAAUACGAAAUUGUUUUGUUUACCCCGGAAUAUUGUUGUUGUUUGUGCGGGAGCCGAAUGAGUCGCUCAUCGAGAUGUCUAAGAAAGCUUUUGCGCCAAGGAAACAGCUCACACUCAGUAGCUUUAUUGGUUUGGAUAAUAAUUCCCAAAGUCAAAAGAAAGUAAACAAUGCCAGGACCGUGCCCAGUGCCGUUUACAAUCCCAUCUUUCUGGACUCCUCAUCGUCUGAUGAGGAACCUUCUCAGAAAUCCAGUCAAUCGUCUGGGAAGGAAGCUGUGCCCCCUAAGAAGCACACCUAUCACAGCCUGUCGCAGUCGCCCCUAGCUCCGCCAGUUUCCAAGAAGAAGGAUUCCCCGAAAAAGCCCUCCCGGAGUCAAAUCUCUUCCCAGGAAAGUAUAAUACUUGAUGAUUCUCCAAAGAAACUGCCUCAAAAUGGAAGAAAGGACUCCAAAACUGAAAAGAUAUCGUUAAUAAGUUUUUUUGAUGAAACUCCAAAAAAAGAGCCACUAAAUGAGAGGAAGGACCACCCGAAGACUUUUUCCAUCUCGCCGUCUCCGGUAAAGAAGUAUUCCUUUGAAGAUUCGCCCAUUCAACAGAAUGGCGGUAAGCAUCCCUUACUUACCCUGCCAGAUUCACCUCCACCGCCUGUUAAAAACAAGGAUUUGUCCAAGGACCUGCCAAUAACUGAAAGAAAGCACACACUUAAGAGCCUGUUGGAUUCCCCUUCUCCACAGGACAAUAAAGCUAAGAUGACUGCCAUUCUGCUGGACACUCCUUCUCCUGGCCACAAACUUGGUUCGGCCAAAGAAAACAAUAGACCUUCAAUAUCAACUUCGCUCCCGCAGAAAUCUGCUCCCUCUUCUCCAACGCCGGCAGCGCCUUUGAAACCCCGCCUUAGUGUGGCCUUUGACAAUUCGCUGGCCGAUUACCUGCGGGAUCUGGCCCAGAACGACAACUUUGGCAUAGAUCCAAACCAGCAGAGCCCGGCUGCUCUGAAGACCACCCUGGGCUUCUUCCGCAGCACCUACGUUGAGUUGAUGGAGAAGUAUUGCGCUUUGAUUGACCAAAUUCCCGCCAUGCAUUUCAAUGAAAUCGCCGGUUUUCAGCCGAAUACCUUCCUCAAGCUAAAGGUGAUGCGCCAGAAGUUUAAGGCGCGGACACAGCUGCUUCAAAACACGCUGGACAGGAACGAGAGCCGGCUGAAGGCCGAGCAGGAGGCCCUGGAGUUAGAGGAAAUGGAGAUGCAGGCGGAGCAGAGUCGCCUGACGCCCAACAAUGUUCGGGUAACGUCCCUAAAUAAGCUCAUGCCAGGCUCUGAUCUAAAGGAAAGCAAGGAACUAAAAAUGCCCAAGCGGGAGGAGCUUCUCCAAAGCCUCUGCGGAGAACCAGAUGAUUACUCGCCUCCGUCCCGGAAGCAAAAUGAUCCGCCCAGAAAACGUGAUGAACUCAUACACGAUCUCUGCGGCGAGCCGGAUGAUUACAUUGGCCAGCCUUCCAAAACGAGUCAUGAUCCGCACAUGCUGAGGAAGCAAGAGGAACUCAUACACGAUCUUUGCGAGGAACCGGAAGACGACUACUUGGCCCAAAGCAUGCUGCUGGACGCUGACUUGGAGGAGGAACAGAUGAACAGGGCCACACAGCAGACCAACACAGCCAGCGAAAUGGACGAGAACGAUGAUGAUGACUUGGAGGGACUGCUGGCGGAGAUAGAGAACGAGCACCAGGAGUUGCAGGGUCGCAGGUCCGAGUUCAAUGGCUAUGGCUACAAGGACUUUGAGUCCGUAAAGGUCAAGGAGAAGCCCAAGGAGAUAACAAAAAAGACACCCACAAGUGGUGUCCCCUUAGACGAAGAUGGUUUCCCCGCCUACGAUGAGGCAAUGUUCGAGGAAAUGCACUCGCAGGCUGCCGCUAAUCUGACACACCUGAGUGAGGCACCCAGUGGCAGCCGCAGCAGUCCACCGGCCAAGCUGCCCACGGCCAAGGACUCGCAGAAGCUCUCGGGUAACUUCCAUUCGAAUGUCCACAAUGAUGGCACCACCGGGGAGUUUGAUGGACAGCGGUUUGAGCACUCCACCCGCCUCAUGCACGGCCUGAGCUAUAGCUUCGGCCUGAAGAGUUUCCGGCCCAAUCAGCUGCAGGUGAUCAAUGCCACGCUCUUGGGCAACGAUUGUUUCGUGCUGAUGCCCACGGGCGGCGGAAAGUCGCUGUGCUAUCAGCUGCCUGCCAUCCUCACAGAGGGCGUUACCAUUGUGAUAAGUCCUCUGAAGUCGCUGAUCUUCGAUCAGAUCAACAAGCUGGCCUCCUUGGACAUCUGUGCCAAAAGCUUGAGUGGGGAUCAGAAGAUGGCCGACGCCAUGGCCAUCUACAGGGAUCUGGAAUCACAGCCACCGAUGGUUAAGCUGCUGUACGUUACGCCCGAGAAGAUCAGCAGCUCGGCCCGCUUUCAGGACAUCCUGGACACACUCAGCUCAAAUAACUACAUCAGUCGAUUCGUCAUCGACGAGGCCCAUUGCGUCUCCCAGUGGGGACAUGACUUCCGUCCGGACUACAAGAAGUUGGGCAUCCUCAAGAAGCGUUACCCCAACGUGCCAACGAUCGCCUUGACGGCCACUGCCACGCCCAGAGUCCGCUUGGACAUUCUGGCACAGCUGAAUCUAAAGCACUGCAAGUGGUUCCUGUCCAGCUUCAACCGCAGCAAUCUGCGCUACAAGGUGCUGCCCAAAAAGGGCGCAUCCACGCUGGACGACAUUAGUGCCUAUAUUCGGACCAAGCCGGCACACUCGAGCGGGAUUAUCUACUGCAUGUCGCGCAAGGAGUGCGACGAUGUGGCCAAGAAGAUGUGCAAGGACGGCGUCCGGGCAGUGGCCUACCAUGCCGGUCUCAACGACACGGAGCGUGAGAGCCGUCAGAAGGAUUGGCUCACAGGCAAGGUGAAGGUGAUAUGUGCCACCAUAGCUUUUGGCAUGGGCAUUGACAAACCGGAUGUGCGCUUCGUUUUGCACUUUUCGCUGCCCAAGUCCAUCGAGGGUUACUACCAGGAGGCAGGUCGUGCGGGACGCGACGGCGAUGUGGCGGAUUGCAACCUGUACUACAACUACUCGGACAUGCUGAGGUUCAAGAAAAUGCUGGAUGCCGACAAAGCCCAGCCGUACAAUGUCAAGAAGAUGCACCUGGACAAUCUCUAUCGCAUUGUUGGUUACUGUGAGAACCUCACGGAUUGCCGGCGUGCCCAGCAGCUGGACUACUUCGGGGAGCACUUCACCAGCGAGCAGUGCCUGGAGAACAGGCAGACCGCCUGCGACAAUUGCCUCAAUAAGCGUGCCUACAAGGCCGUCGAUGCCUUGGAGUUUGCCCGGAAAGCGGCGCGAGCUGUCAAGGAUCUGUGCAGCGGCCGAUCCCGGUUCACGCUUCUACACAUCUCCGAUGUCCUCAAGGGCUCCAAGAUCAAGAAGAUCGUGGAUUUUAACCAUGACAAGACGCCGCAUCAUGGCGCCCUAAAAACUUGGGAGAAGAAUGAUAUCCAAAGACUUCUACGUAAAAUGGUUAUCGAUGGCUUCCUUAGGGAGGAUUUGAUAUUUACCAAUGAUUACCCGCAGGCCUACCUGUUUCUGGGCCUGAACAUCAGUAAACUGAUGGAGGGCACGCCCACCUUUGAGUUUACGGUGACCAAGAAGGAGGGCAAGGCCUCGGUGGGCAGCGUCUCGGAACCGGGAGCAGCCUCCAGCAGUGGUGGCGAUGGCAAGUCAGGUAUGCAGGAGAUCCAUGAGCGUUGCUACACGGAUCUCCUGGAUCUCUGUCGGACCAUUGCCAGCCAGCGGAAUGUGACCAUGGCCAGUAUCAUGAACAUUCAGGCCUUGAAGAGCAUGGCGGAGACGCUGCCGCUCACGGAGAAAGACAUGUGCAGUAUUCCCCACGUGACCAAGGCCAACUACGACAAGUAUGGUGCCAAGCUGCUCGAAAUAACCAGCAACUACGCCUCGGAGAAGUUGUUGAUGCAGUCUAUAAUGGACGAGGAGGCGGAGCAGGCAGCCUCCAAGAAGCCGCAAUCUUCCGGAUGGAAUAACAAUGACAGCGUUGACUGGGACAGGGCAGUGGCAUCGCAGGGUGGUGGCAACACCAGCGGCGGUAGCGGUGCCUUCAACUCCUACCGAGCGGGCAAAAGAAAGAAGAUAUAUAACAAAGGUGGCUCCUCCAAGAGGUACAAAUCGAAUGCAGCAUCGCCAGCGGCCAAGAGGAGUACCACCUCCACCCGGGGUGGUCGUGGAGGCAAGGCCGGUGCCAAGCGGGCAGAGAGCACAGCAGCUGCCUCAUCUUCCACAUCAUCGUCUGGCUGGAAAACGAAGAAGACGGGGGCAAGUAAGGGCUUCGAUUUGAUGCCGCUGCCAGGAUCAAAGUAACUUUACGUCGCUAUUAAGGGUUUAUCACUGCGAAUUUUUUACAUAAACUUUCAUUUUGUUAAACAAUAA